AUGGGCUCGCCCACGGAAAGCGCAAAUUCACCCUUUGCUGGCCUUUCUAUCUCUUCACAUGAUGUGUUACGGGGGGCAGUUCGAGAAAGAUGCCCAAAAUGCUUGACGUAUUCAAAGUACUAUUGCUACACAUGCUUUUCGCUGAUGCCCUCUAUCCCUUGCGACAGGAUCCCCAAGGUAUCUGCUUCAAAAGAAAUACUUGUAUGGAAACAUCCGAACGAAAACAUUGCAAAGUGCACAAGUGUCCACGCCCUUUUACUUUUCCAAUCUUCCGUACGAAUGUUCCAACACCAUCCGACGUUUCACGACGCUGCACAGCUGCGUGAACAUGUGCCGAACCCUAAUGAAACCAUCAUAUUGUAUCCCUCGAAAGAGGCGCCGUUCAUUGGGGAUAUCGACACUAACUCAUACAAGUGUGUUGUUUUUCUCGAGUCUUCUUGGGCACAAUCGACUACCAUGUUUAAUGCGAUUACUUCCGCAUGUCCAGGUAUCCGGACCGCACAAUUAGACCUCACCAAUACCUUCCUGAAACGCGGCACGCUCUUUUGGAGAUACCAGAAUAGGGGCGAAUUUUGUCUGAGCACCAUUGAGGCAAUAUACUUGUUUUGCACGCAGAUCGAUGUGUUGUCAAACUGUGACAAUGCUCUGUAUUUUUUCUCUUUUUUCUAUCAUUUAAUCCAAGAGCAUUACGGUAAACUGGGUCGGGGCUUCUCUGGUAAACAUAGACUCGGAAAUUCGUAUAUCCAAUUCAAAGAAAGUUAA